AUGUCGGACCGACCAGUCCAACCUGAUACACAACCAAUUGCUGGUCCAUCAUGUUCAAAUAACGAUACGCUAGUGAACGAAAAAGCUAAACAGGCGGACGUUACACUUGCUAAAAGAUGUAUGCAUGAUUCAGUGAAUGAAAAGAGGUAUUUUGUAAAACUAAUGAUUGUUGGAAAGAAUGGCGCCGGGAAGUCAAGCUUAUUAAGAAGAUUGUUACAAGAAGAUACCAAGAAUGUAGAGAGCACAGAUGGUAUUGAUAUUGUUGUUCGCCGAUGCAAGAUCAACACAGAAACUGGUGAAUGGAUAAUCGACAAAAAUGGUGUUUCUGAUACUAAACAAGAGCGCAUUCAGAGAGUUAUAGACCAAACGUUAGAAAAUAAUUCAAAGGACACUGUAAGGGUUUCAAAAUCACCAACCCCCAAAUCAGGACCUGAUGAAGUUCAAACUAGAAAUGAGAUUGAAACAAUAAUCAGUGGAAUAAUUGAUCAUUCGGAACCAGAACCAAAACCAAAACCAGAACCAGAACCAGUUACAGCAACGGUCAACACAACAUAUGCAAAAUUGGCAGAGAAAAGAGAUAUAAGUCUUCUUGAAACAAUUUCUACAUUUGAAGACGAAAACAUAGAAAAAUUGGAAGACGAAAACAUAGAAAAAUUGGAAAACAUUAAUGAGAAGGAUAACGACAUAAAAGAUACUAGAUAUGACAGUACAAAUAAUACUACCACAGCAAACACUCUGAAAGUAAAUGUCAGUAAACAUCGGUCAUCACCCCUUGAUAUGCCGUCGGGUUUGCUCUCGGAUGUUUUUGCAUCGACACCGAAUUCAUAUAAUUCUUUGAACCAUUUUGCACCAUGUGGACUAUGGGACUUCGCAGGACAAAAGGAAUUCUAUGCUACGCAUCAGGCUUUUUUGACAAGUCGUGCUAUAUAUCUGUUGGUUGCUGAAUUUACAGAAGAUAUUCGUACCGAUGGGGUUAAACAGUAUUUUGAAGAUAUGCAACAUUCUGGAGAAUAUGUUGAUUUUUGGUUUGAUACUAUUCACUGCCAUCAAACAGAGGAAAAGGAAGGAAAACUUUGGCCACGUGUAAUAAUUAUUUUCACUGGAACAGACAAAUGCACGAAGGAAAAUAUAAAAAACAGGAAAACAGUCCUUGGACGACAAUUAGCCGAAGUUUUUGGAAAGCUUAACAAAUUCAAACACUUACAAAACAUAUAUUAUUUAUCCAAUAGAACGGACAAGGACGACGAAUUUGAAAAAUUACGAAAAGAAAUAUCAGAAACCGCAACGAAAAUGAACACAUGGGGAGAAUGUGUGCCGUUGAAAUGGAUUCUUUUAGAGCAUUUGAUUGAAGUUAAUAUGGAAAAAAAAAAGAAUUACAUUGAAUUUUCUGACAUGCGUGAGAUGGCUGCACAUUCUGAAAUUGGAAUAGAAGACUCGAAAGAAGUGUUAAGGUUUCUUUGUUUUCAGCAUGAGGUAGGAAACAUUAUAUAUUUUGAAGACAUACCAGAUUUGAUUAUUCUCAAUCCACAAUGGCUGGUAGAUGCCUUUCGAUGUUUAGUGUCGGAUAAAAUUGAUCCUACAGCGGGUUGGACAGAUUUUCUACAAAACGGUCUUCUAACUAAAAGUUUGAUAACCAAGCUUUUCGAAUCAAAAAGCGGAGACAAUUUUGUAGGAAAAACAAAAGAACUGCUUGAUAUAAUGUUAAAGUUUGAUAUAUUGGUCAAAACUAAUGAAAAAGAUAAAUAUGUAAUGCCAAGCAUGAUGCCGACUAAAUCAUUUGAAGAAGUAUACGAAACCAUUGGUGGUGACCAUCCAAAUUGUACAAGAACUUCUUGGUUUUGUCUCCAAUUUGAAUUUCUUCCACCAGCCUUCUUCAAUCAUUUUUCUGCUGGGUAUAUGAAAAAGUAUAAACCUACAAAAGUUAAUGAAGGAAAGUCGAUGGCAUUAUACCGAGGAAUUUGUGUUUUUGACGUUGAUAUCAUGGAUAAGUCUGAAUCUGAAAAGCUUUUGUUAACAAUGUCUGCAAAUAGAAUAGCUGUGCAGCUUUUAUCGUUUUCCGAAAAACAGAAGAACAUCGGAAACAUGUGUUGUACUAUUCGCAAAGAACUGAUUAGUAAAAUCAAAGACAUAGAAAAGAGGUAUAAGUUGAAAGUAUCUUAUAAAGAACAUUUUAAAUGCAGCACAGGCAAUUAUUAUGGAGAUACAAGGCCCUAUGAUUAUUUGAAAAGUGUAACCGUCUAUCACUGUGACGAGCAUAAAGGUGAACAUAAAUCGGAAGAGCUGUAUUUGCCAUGGAUGCCGGAUGAAGUUGAUGAUGAAAAGAAACUCAACGAUCAAAUUCAAAUAAGCAACAAGCAAGUGAAAGUGACUCCUGAAAUAGAUGUUGAAAAUGUCAGUGAUGACAGUUAUGUUGAACAACAGAAAAUAUUUAGAGAAGUAAUAGUAAAAGAAAGUCCCAGAAAAACUUUGAAUGUACAAAAUAACUUGUAA